GCCAGAUGUGCCCAGUUAACUCGCCUCCAGCCAAUAAGAAUGCUAGUUGGUGCCGUUCGAGGUUCUGAUUGGCUGGACGAUGAGAAGAGGCGAGAACCUGUCACCUCCAGGGUGGUGCGGCCACGAGCAGCUGAUUUCAGAGGUCCUGAGAUGUCAGCCCAGUGAUGAUGUCAGCCUCGAGGUGAUGUCAGCGUGAUAGUGGUGUUCGCAGGACUCUUUUUCGGUCGCCAGGAGUGUCAGGUGUCAGCAUGGAGGAGCCAGGAGACUCAGGAGAGGAGAAAAAUCCGGUCGAGGUACUGCAGGCCAAAGUCUCGGAGUUAAAGGAACGGGAGCGUAAAUUAUUGGAAGAACAUGCGCGACAGGAGGCAGACUUUGGACUCCGUAGGGCCAAACUUAAGGAACUCUAUCUUCAGAAAGAAGAGGAGUUGAGACUGCAGUCUGAUCAUACUAGAGCAGUUGAGGUGGAACUGGAGGUGCUACGUUCUCAGGUGCGAGAGCUACAGGAAGAACUGGAGGAGGCUCGCAGUGCAGUCACAAUUGCACAAUGUACAGCUGAAAAUGACAUUGCUGUGGAACAACGUAAAUGUCAGGAGGAAAUAGCCACAGUCCAACAGCUUAUGAAAGGCAUUAAAAAUAUCCAGAAACAUGAGAUACCUUCUAGUCAGCUGGUUGCCUUCAUCUGCAUGCUUUUCGAAAUAACGAACCAGGGAUAUGGGGAGCCAGUGGUCCAGUCAAAGAGCUGCAAGGUGUCUUGUAUCAACCAGUCAGGUUGCUGCUGUACUGGUUGCAUCAUGAGUACAAGUUACUCUCCUUACUCCACUGAUGUCUGGAAGUGGCUCAACAUAGCCAGUGGUGUUGUCAUCUCACCUGACUUUGCGGUGUUGUACUAUAAGAAAUUAUGUACUGCUAUCAGCAAAUUCCUGGCUAAAAAAGUGGUGUCUGCUGGGUGGGAUCGCACGUCGCGGCAGAUGUUUGGCCUGGCCGGUGAUGGAUAUACGCUGUGCGCGCGGCCGGAUAAUGUGAUUCUGGACGGUAACUGCUCCAGGGAAGAGGCCAUGGGCCGGGCCUCGCAGUUCGCCCACCAGGCGAGAUGCGAUUGGCGUCGACGAGUAACGGAAUGCUCGAUCGAAAAUGGCAAGGGAUCGCCGAUUGGCCGCUUCCGAAAGGCGGAGUUGCGGACUGCCGCGGGUGCUGGUGUCCUCGGCAGUGCAGUAACAGCAUUGGGAGCGGAGGAGGCCGGCGGAAGGUGGCUUGGCGGUGACGGCAGCGGCGGUGCUGGAGCAGAACGGAGAGCGGGAGGCGGGAGGCGACGCAGCCCAAGCGCGCGCACACUUAGUCGGGCCUUCGGCAGGCGUUGUCGCUGGGUGCUCUCAUUGCGGGGAAAUUCUCGUGUCCGCAGUCGAGGCUGCAGCCCUGUAAUCUUGGUCGAGGAGGUGACAAAUGCAGUCGGACAGACAGGUGACCGGUAUGAGGGGGAGAUCAAAAGACUCAAAAAGUUAACGGAAAGACUGGAUGCUGAAAAACAGCACUAUCGACGCCUGUAUGAGCGGCAGCUGGAGGAUUCAUAUAUAAGAUCAAAGAGUGAGAGCCUCCUGAGUCCAGGUGUUAUCUCAGCUGUCACCAAGUCUUUGGCUAAGAGAGUGCCUAGCUUGAGUCCCUCAUCUGCACUCAGCACCCCUGAGAAGACACCUUCCACUGGCUCAGCAGGGCCUCCCCUGGGGACUGGUGUAGAUGCUGAGAACCUGGAGGACAGCAUGAGGAAGGCCCAGGAAGAUGCUGCACUUCUCAGGUCUCUGGUGGAGCCCUUGGAGGAAGAAAUUAAUGCUCUAAAGGAGAAAAUCCGUGCCCAAGAUGCCCAGUUGCGAGCACAUGAGGCCCAACAGGCAGCCUCUCUCCACACAGCUGAUCUAGUGGCUCCCCUUCUGCAGGGUACUGACACACAGUCGGUGGUCACGCAACUAGAUGAGAAGUUAAAAGGUAUGAGUCACACACUAGAAGCAGAGAAGGCAUCCCGUGCUGAUCUUGAGCUCUAUACUGCCAUCCUUAAUACACAAAAAACUGCACUCAAUGAUGAUGUCGACAGACUACGCACACAACUAACUGAACUGAGACAGGCUUUUGAAGAUGAACGUCGUCAACACAGAGACCUGAAGCACACUUGGCAACGUGCAAAUGAUCAGUUCCUUGAAGCUCAGCGUUUACAUCUGGCAGACAUGAGACGGAUGCAGUCUUUACUCACUAUGGAUCAGCAACGAAAAUUGGAAGAUCUGCAGAGGAGUGAGGAAGCAUUAGCCAAAAGUCAAGCAAGUUCCAUCUCUGAGGUGCGGCCAGAUCUGAAACCAGGCGUCAAAUCUACAUCUCCCCAGCUCUCAUCCAUGUCACCUGCUUCCAGAAAACGAGUCACUUCUCCAUCUCCUGAUCUGGAGGUUGUUGCUGAUGAUGAGCGACCCUAUGCACUUGUGGACCUUGAUGAUGACCAUGCCUCUUCUACUACACCCCAGCUUGUCCAAUCUGGAAUUGUUAAAUUUCCAGAGAGCCUUGCUGGUAGUGAACAGAGUGAUGACCUGAGCAGUGAGGCUGAGACGCACAGUCUACCUCCAGACAGUCUUGCACCAGAUAGUCUGGCUCCUGACAGCCUUUUAGCAGAGCGUUUCAGUCCGGAUAAAAUGCCUCAGCUCACUCAAGACCAACAGAAAGCUCUUGCAGAUGUGACACCUGAUUCAGAGGGUGUGACACAGAGCGAGUCCAUGUUAACACCCGGUGAUGAUGAUUACGUCACCAUCGAUUUGGCUGUGGGUAGAGGCAGCGGUACAGGGUCAACUGGUUCAAGAAGGGUAGUUAGUGAAGUAGAGUGGAAUUUACUCAAUGAAGAGAUCCGGCGUGCCAGGUCACGCAUUGGGCGAUCUUGUCAACUGUGCUCCAACUAUCAAACGCAGCUGCAGAAGAUUCAAAGUGAGCAGCGAGAGACUGAGAAACAGAAGGUAGAUCUAGAAAAGGCCCUAGAUCGCUACCGGGAAGACCUGGACCGCGAAGCCCGUUAUCGCCAUGUGAUGGAGGACAAAUGGCGUACUAUGGCAGAGGAUUAUGAAAAGAAGGUUGCUGGUGUAGCCAGUGUGGUGGAGGCUGCCACGGGGAAGCACAAUGAAGUUGUGGCCAAAUUCCGUGCUACAGUGACAUACCUUCAUGACCAGCUAAGAGUCCUCACAGAGCGAAGAGAGGCAGCACAACAGGAGCUAACCAGAUUACAGAAAGAGAAUGAUGAUCUGGUUGGUAAGCACAGUCAGCACUCACAGCAGUUACAGAAUGAGAUCAUCAAUCUUCCUGAUAAUAUGGAGGAAAUGCAGCUGCUCCUCCUGCGUUAUCGGGAGGAUAUCAUUGCUGCGAAGGUCUCCAAAGAGCACCUUGAAGAGACACUCAAAUCUGAGAUCCUCUUCCUAAAGGAUCAAGUGCUGGCAGAACAACAUGAGAAAAACACCAUAGAAGAUCGUCUUUCUUCAGAGAUUGACCAGCUGAGAGAGAAGGUUGCUGUCUUGGAAAGUGUAGAGAGCCAGAUGAAGGCUGAACGAAGAAGCAGGGCAGAGAGUGAUGCGCAACUUAGAGAGCUGGAGAACAGACAGUCUGAGGCACAGCUCAAGAGCCAGCAAAUCAUCUCUGCUCUCAAAACACAGGUAGCUGAGCAGACACAAGCAAGGGCAAGAUUGGAAGCUGAAGUAGUUGAACUUCGAGGAAGAGUUUCUGCUCUCCAGCAUGAUCUUGACACUUCUGAAGCUGUCCAAAGAGAUUUUGUGCGGCUCUCACAGUCCCUCCAGGUUCAGCUAGAGAAAAUACGACAGUCAGAAAAAGAGGUGCGCUGGCAACAUGAAGAGGAUCAGGAGGAAUGCAACAGUUGCAAGCAGCGAUUUUCUGCAAUGGGACGAAGAAAGCAUCAUUGUCGUCACUGUGGGAAGAUCUUCUGCAAUGAGUGCGUGAGUAAGACUGUCCCCAGCGGGCCACACAGACGUCCUUCCAGAGUGUGUGACGUGUGCCACACACUUCUCGUGCAAGACGCCACACCAUACUUCAGUUCAGAACCGCCGCAUUCACCCGACUGACCUAUAUCACCACAUUUACAGUUUUCUUGUGACCUCUGAUAUGUUAUUGUUAUCUUUUUAGUGUUAAAUAUGGAUAAUGAAACAACAAUUAUGCUGCAAUUUUAAUAUCUGUAAGCAUAUGGUGAAUUGUCCUAAUAAUAUCUGUCAGAUAACUGCAGUUGAUGAACCACUUGUUAUGGAAAUGAAAAAGAGAAGAAAUCUUUAGCAGCCACUCCUCACAUCCUUAUGCAAAGUUUAUUUUCUCAUAUGAGCACUGUUUUAGAAUUCUCUUUUUCUGCCUGAAUGGAGAUUCCUUCAUUCAUGCAUAGUCCUUCUUUCAGUAUUCUUUUAUUUUCUCUAUAUUGGGAUUGAAUAGAGAAAUCAUCUAUGCUCUCGUGGAAGUUUAUAUUAUAUAUAUAUA